CGUAUGGAAAACGCAUUAUAAAAAAAAUGGACAUGAAUAUCGAUUCGACAACUGAUCUUCUACCAAACAGAAAAGCUGUCAGUGAAAUGAAUGAAUUUGAUGAUGAUAUGAAAAUGAAACUGGAUUCAGAUGAAACCAAAAGACAAAAUCACAGUGAAAUCGAAAAACGUAGAAGAGACAAAAUGAACACUUAUAUUACUGAACUUUCUUCUAUGAUUCCGAUGUGUAAUGCCAUGUCAAGAAAAUUAGAUAAAUUGACUGUUCUUCGUAUGGCUGUUCAGCAUAUGAAAACUCUGAGAGGUUCUAUGAAUUCAUAUACAGAAGGUCAUUAUAAACCAUCAUUUUUAUCUGAUGAUGAAUUAAAGCAUCUUAUUUUAGAGUGUGUGUCAGGUAGAGAGGGAAAUCAAUUGGGAGAUAGUAUGAGUCAUUGUAAACAAAAACCUUCCUAUGAACAUGGAAUGAUUUUGGAACAUCCAGUUUAUUUAGAAUUAAGAAAACCUGAGGAAAAACUCAGAAGGUGUUAUGAAAACUGUGUGUCAGGUAGAGAGGGAAAUCAAUUGGGAGAUAGUAUGAGUCAUUGUAAACAAAAACCUUCCUAUGAACAUGGUUAUAUUACUCUUAAUUAUUCACAGAGUGAUCUUUUGGGUCAGAACUGGUUUGAUAUUCUUCAUCCAAAAGAUAUUGCUAAAGUAAAAGAGCAGCUUUCAUCUUCAGAUCUUUCUCCAAAGGAAAAGUUAAUAGAUGCAAAAACCAUGUUACCUGUGAAAACUGAUGUACCACAAAGUCAAACAAGGUUAUGUCCUGGUGCACGCAGAUCAUUCUUUUGCAGAAUGAAAUGUAAAGCUAUGCCAACAGUAAAGGAAGAAGCAGAUACAACAACUGGAUGUCAUAAAAAAAGAAAAUCUCAGAAUUCAGAUCGUAAAUAUUGUGUAAUUCACUGCACUGGAUAUUUGAAAUCAUGGACACCUAUUAAGCUUAGCCUAGAAGAAGAUGGAGAAGGAGAUAAUGAAAGUUGUAAUCUUAGUUGCUUAGUUGCUGUUGGGCGUGCACAACAAGGAUUAAUCCAUCUUAGUCCAAGUAGACCCGGUUUGGAAGUAUGCCCUACAGAAUUUAUUUCAAGGCAUGCUGCUGAUGGAAAAUUCUUAUUUGUUGAUCAGAG